AUGCCUCACAUCCCGCUGACACCUCGAGAGGCACGCGGAGUUCAUUGCUUCAAAAGGCUCAAGACGUAUGCCAACUUCCCAGAAGCACCUCAGGAGGAGGCUUCUCUCAGCAAUAGGCUCAAGACGUAUGCCAACUUCCCAGAAGCACCUCAGGAGGAGGCUUCUCUCAGCAAUAGGCUCAAGACGUAUGCCAACUUCCCAGAAGCACCUCAGGAGGAGGCUUCUCUCAGCAAUAGGCUCAAGACGUAUGCCAACUUCCCAGAAGCACCUCAGGAGGAGGCUUCUCUCAGCAAUAGGCUCAAGACGUAUGCCAACUUCCCAGAAGCACCUCAGGAGGAGGCUUCUCUCAGCAAUAGGCUCAAGACGUAUGCCAACUUCCCAGAAGCACCUCAGGAGGAGGCUUCUCUCAGCAAUAGGCUCAAGAAGUAUGCCAACUUCCCAGAAGCACCUCAGGAGGAGGCUUCUCUCAGCAAUAGGCUCAAGACGUAUGCCAACUUCCCAGAAGCACCUCAGGAGGAGGCUUCUCUCAGCAAUAGGCUCAAGACGUAUGCCAACUUCCCAGAAGCACCUCAGGAGGAGGCUUCUCUCAGCAAUAGGCUCAAGACGUAUGCCAACUUCCCAGAAGCACCUCAGGAGGAGGCUUCUCUCAGCAAUAGGCUCAAGACGUAUGCCAACUUCCCAGAAGCACCUCAGGAGGAGGCUUCUCUCAGCAAUAGGCUCAAGACGUAUGCCAACUUCCCAGAAGCACCUCAGGAGGAGGCUUCUCUCAGCAAUAGGCUCAAGACGUAUGCCAACUUCCCAGAAGCACCUCAGGAGGAGGCUUCUCUCAGCAAUAGGCUCAAGACGUAUGCCAACUUCCCAGAAGCACCUCAGGAGGAGGCUUCUCUCAGCAAUAGGCUCAAGACGUAUGCCAACUUCCCAGAAGCACCUCAGGAGGAGGCUUCUCUCAGCAAUAGGCUCAAGACGUAUGCCAACUUCCCAGAAGCACCUCAGGAGGGGGCUUCUCUCAGCAAUAGGCUCAAGACGUAUGCCAACUUCCCAGAAGCACCUCAGGAGGAGGCUUCUCUCAGCAAUAGGCUCAAGACGUAUGCCAACUUCCCAGAAGCACCUCAGGAGGAGGCUUCUCUCAGCAAUAGGCUCAAGACGUAUGCCAACUUCCCAGAAGCACCUCAGGAGGAGGCUUCUCUCAGCAAUAGGCUCAAGACGUAUGCCAACUUCCCAGAAGCACCUCAGGAGGAGGCUUCUCUCAGCAAUAGGCUCAAGACGUAUGCCAACUUCCCAGAAGCACCUCAGGAGGAGGCUUCUCUCAGCAAUAGGCUCAAGACGUAUGCCAACUUCCCAGAAGCACCUCAGGAGGAGGCUUCUCUCAGCAAUAGGCUCAAGACGUAUGCCAACUUCCCAGAAGCACCUCAGGAGGAGGCUUCUCUCAGCAAUAGGCUCAAGACGUAUGCCAACUUCCCAGAAGCACCUCAGGAGGGGGCUUCUCUCAGCAAUAGGCUCAAGACGUAUGCCAACUUCCCAGAAGCACCUCAGGAGGAGGCUUCUCUCAGCAAUAGGCUCAAGACGUAUGCCAACUUCCCAGAAGCACCUCAGGAGGAGGCUUCUCUCAGCAAUAGGCUCAAGACGUAUGCCAACUUCCCAGAAGCACCUCAGGAGGAGGCUUCUCUCAGCAAUAGGCUCAAGACGUAUGCCAACUUCCCAGAAGCACCUCAGGAGGAGGCUUCUCUCAGCAAUAGGCUCAAGACGUAUGCCAACUUCCCAGAAGCACCUCAGGAGGGGGCUUCUCUCAGCAAUAGGCUCAAGACGUAUGCCAACUUCCCAGAAGCACCUCAGGAGGAGGCUUCUCUCAGCAAUAGGCUCAAGACGUAUGCCAACUUCCCAGAAGCACCUCAGGAGGAGGCUUCUCUCAGCAAUAGGCUCAAGACGUAUGCCAACUUCCCAGAAGCACCUCAGGAGGAGGCUUCUCUCAGCAAUAGGCUCAAGACGUAUGCCAACUUCCCAGAAGCACCUCAGGAGGAGGCUUCUCUCAGCAAUAGGCUCAAGACGUAUGCCAACUUCCCAGAAGCACCUCAGGAGGAGGCUUCUCUCAGCAAUAGGCUCAAGACGUAUGCCAACUUCCCAGAAGCACCUCAGGAGGAGGCUUCUCUCAGCAAUAGGCUCAAGACGUAUGCCAACUUCCCAGAAGCACCUCAGGAGGAGGCUUCUCUCAGCAAUAGGCUCAAGACGUAUGCCAACUUCCCAGAAGCACCUCAGGAGGAGGCUUCUCUCAGCAAUAGGCUCAAGACGUAUGCCAACUUCCCAGAAGCACCUCAGGAGGGGGCUUCUCUCAGCAAUAGGCUCAAGACGUAUGCCAACUUCCCAGAAGCACCUCAGGAGGAGGAUUCUCUCAGCCAUAGGCUCAAGACGUAUGCCAACUUCCCAGAAGCACCUCAGGAGGAGGAUUCUCUCAGCCAUAGGCUCAAGACGUAUGCCAACUUCCCAGAAGCACCUCAGGAGGAGGCUUCUCUCAGCAAUAGGCUCAAGACGUAUGCCAACUUCCCAGAAGCACCUCAGGAGGAGGCUUCUCUCAGCAAUAGGCUCAAGACGUAUGCCAACUUCCCAGAAGCACCUCAGGAGGAGGCUUCUCUCAGCCAUAGGCUCAAGACGUAUGCCAACUUCCCAGAAGCACCUCAGGAGGAGGCUUCUCUCAGCAAUAGGCUCAAGACGUAUGCCAACUUCCCAGAAGCACCUCAGGAGGAGGCUUCUCUCAGCAAUAGGCUCAAGACGUAUGCCAACUUCCCAGAAGCACCUCAGGAGGAGGCUUCUCUCAGCAAUAGGCUCAAGACGUAUGCCAACUUCCCAGAAGCACCUCAGGAGGAGGCUUCUCUCAGCAAUAGGGUCAAGACGUAUGCCAACUUCCCAGAAGCACCUCAGGAGGAGGCUUCUCUCAGCAAUAGGCUCAAGACGUAUGCCAACUUCCCAGAAGCACCUCAGGAGGAGGCUUCUCUCAGCAAUAGGCUCAAGACGUAUGCCAACUUCCCAGAAGCACCUCAGGAGGAGGCUUCUCUCAGCCAUAGGCUCAAGACGUAUGCCAACUUCCCAGAAGCACCUCAGGAGGAGGCUUCUCUCAGCCAUAGGCUCAAGACGUAUGCCAACUUCCCAGAAGCACCUCAGGAGGAGGCUUCUCUCAGCAAUAGGCUCAAGACGUAUGCCAACUUCCCAGAAGCACCUCAGGAGGAGGCUUCUCUCAGCAAUAGGCUCAAGACGUAUGCCAACUUCCCAGAAGCACCUCAGGAGGAGGCUUCUCUCAGCAAUAGGCUCAAGACGUAUGCCAACUUCCCAGAAGCACCUCAGGAGGAGGCUUCUCUCAGCCAUAGGCUCAAGACGUAUGCCAACUUCCCAGAAGCACCUCAGGAGGAGGCUUCUCUCAGCAAUAGGCUCAAGACGUAUGCCAACUUCCCAGAAGCACCUCAGGAGGAGGCUUCUCUCAGCCAUAGGCUCAAGACGUAUGCCAACUUCCCAGAAGCACCUCAGGAGGAGGCUUCUCUCAGCCAUAGGCUCAAGACGUAUGCCAACUUCCCAGAAGCACCUCAGGAGGAGGCUUCUCUCAGCCAUAGGCUCAAGACGUAUGCCAACUUCCCAGAAGCACCUCAGGAGGAGGCUUCUCUCAGCAAUAGGCUCAAGACGUAUGCCAACUUCCCAGAAGCACCUCAGGAGGAGGCUUCUCUCAGCCAUAGGCUCAAGACGUAUGCCAACUUCCCAGAAGCACCUCAGGAGGAGGCUUCUCUCAGCAAUAGGCUCAAGACGUAUGCCAACUUCCCAGAAGCACCUCAGGAGGAGGCUUCUCUCAGCAAUAGGCUCAAGACGUAUGCCAACUUCCCAGAAGCACCUCAGGAGGAGGCUUCUCUCAGCAAUAGGCUCAAGACGUAUGCCAACUUCCCAGAAGCACCUCAGGAGGAGGCUUCUCUCAGCCAUAGGCUCAAGACGUAUGCCAACUUCCCAGAAGCACCUCAGGAGGAGGCUUCUCUCAGCCAUAGGCUCAAGACGUAUGCCAACUUCCCAGAAGCACCUCAGGAGGAGGCUUCUCUCAGCCAUAGGCUCAAGACGUAUGCCAACUUCCCAGAAGCACCUCAGGAGGAGGCUUCUCUCAGCCAUAGGCUCAAGACGUAUGCCAACUACCCAGAAGCACCUCAGGAGGAGGCUUCUCUCAGCAAUAGGCUCAAGACGUAUGCCAACUUCCCAGAAGCACCUCAGGAGGAGGCUUCUCUCAGCAAUAGGCUCAAGACGUAUGCCAACUUCCCAGAAGCACCUCAGGAGGAGGCUUCUCUCAGCAAUAGGCUCAAGACGUAUGCCAACUUCCCAGAAGCACCUCAGGAGGAGGCUUCUCUCAGCAAUAGGCUCAAGACGUAUGCCAACUUCCCAGAAGCACCUCAGGAGGAGGCUUCUCUCAGCAAUAGGCUCAAGACGUAUGCCAACUUCCCAGAAGCACCUCAGGAGGAGGCUUCUCUCAGCAAUAGGCUCAAGACGUAUGCCAACUUCCCAGAAGCACCUCAGGAGGAGGCUUCUCUCAGCAAUAGGCUCAAGACGUAUGCCAACUUCCCAGAAGCACCUCAGGAGGAGGCUUCUCUCAGCAAUAGGCUCAAGACGUAUGCCAACUUCCCAGAAGCACCUCAGGAGGAGGCUUCUCUCAGCAAUAGGCUCAAGACGUAUGCCAACUUCCCAGAAGCACCUCAGGAGGAGGCUUCUCUCAGCAAUAGGCUCAAGACGUAUGCCAACUUCCCAGAAGCACCUCAGGAGGAGGCUUCUCUCAGCAAUAGGCUCAAGACGUAUGCCAACUUCCCAGAAGCACCUCAGGAGGAGGCUUCUCUCAGCAAUAGGCUCAAGACGUAUGCCAACUUCCCAGAAGCACCUCAGGAGGAGGCUUCUCUCAGCAAUAGGCUCAAGACGUAUGCCAACUUCCCAGAAGCACCUCAGGAGGAGGCUUCUCUCAGCAAUAGGCUCAAGACGUAUGCCAACUUCCCAGAAGCACCUCAGGAGGAGGCUUCUCUCAGCAAUAGGCUCAAGACGUAUGCCAACUUCCCAGAAGCACCUCAGGAGGAGGCUUCUCUCAGCAAUAGGCUCAAGACGUAUGCCAACUUCCCAGAAGCACCUCAGGAGGAGGCUUCUCUCAGCAAUAGGCUCAAGACGUAUGCCAACUUCCCAGAAGCACCUCAGGAGGAGGCUUCUCUCAGCAAUAGGCUCAAGACGUAUGCCAACUUCCCAGAAGCACCUCAGGAGGAGGCUUCUCUCAGCAAUAGGCUCAAGACGUAUGCCAACUUCCCAGAAGCACCUCAGGAGGAGGCUUCUCUCAGCAAUAGGCUCAAGACGUAUGCCAACUUCCCAGAAGCACCUCAGGAGGAGGCUUCUCUCAGCAAUAGGCUCAAGACGUAUGCCAACUUCCCAGAAGCACCUCAGGAGGAGGCUUCUCUCAGCCAUCGGCUCAAGACGUAUGCCAACUUCCCAGAAGCACCUCAGGAGGAGGCUUCUCUCAGCAAUAGGCUCAAGACGUAUGCCAACUUCCCAGAAGCACCUCAGGAGGAGGCUUCUCUCAGCAAUAGGCUCAAGACGUAUGCCAACUUCCCAGAAGCACCUCAGGAGGAGGCUUCUCUCAGCAAUAGGCUCAAGACGUAUGCCAACUUCCCAGAAGCACCUCAGGAGGAGGCUUCUCUCAGCAAUAGGCUCAAGACGUAUGCCAACUUCCCAGAAGCACCUCAGGAGGAGGCUUCUCUCAGCAAUAGGCUCAAGACGUAUGCCAACUUCCCAGAAGCACCUCAGGAGGAGGCUUCUCUCAGCAAUAGGCUCAAGACGUAUGCCAACUUCCCAGAAGCACCUCAGGAGGAGGCUUCUCUCAGCAAUAGGCUCAAGACGUAUGCCAACUUCCCAGAAGCACCUCAGGAGGAGGCUUCUCUCAGCAAUAGGCUCAAGACGUAUGCCAACUUCCCAGAAGCACCUCAGGAGGAGGCUUCUCUCAGCAAUAGGCUCAAGACGUAUGCCAACUUCCCAGAAGCACCUCAGGAGGAGGCUUCUCUCAGCAAUAGGCUCAAGACGUAUGCCAACUUCCCAGAAGCACCUCAGGAGGAGGCUUCUCUCAGCAAUAGGCUCAAGACGUAUGCCAACUUCCCAGAAGCACCUCAGGAGGAGGCUUCUCUCAGCAAUAGGCUCAAGACGUAUGCCAACUUCCCAGAAGCACCUCAGGAGGAGGCUUCUCUCAGCAAUAGGCUCAAGACGUAUGCCAACUUCCCAGAAGCACCUCAGGAGGAGGCUUCUCUCAGCAAUAGGCUCAAGACGUAUGCCAACUUCAAAGAAGCACCUCAGGAGGAGGCUUCUCUCAGCAAUAGGCUCAAGACGUAUGCCAACUUCCCAGAAGCACCUCAGGAGGAGGCUUCUCUCAGCAAUAGGCUCAAGACGUAUGCCAACUUCCCAGAAGCACCUCAGGAGGAGGCUUCUCUCAGCCAUAGGCUCAAGACGUAUGCCAACUUCCCAGAAGCACCUCAGGAGGAGGCUUCUCUCAGCAAUAGGCUCAAGACGUAUGCCAACUUCCCAGAAGCACCUCAGGAGGAGGCUUCUCUCAGCCAUAGGCUCAAGACGUAUGCCAACUUCCCAGAAGCACCUCAGGAGGAGGCUUCUCUCAGCAAUAGGCUCAAGACGUAUGCCAACUUCCCAGAAGCACCUCAGGAGGAGGCUUCUCUCAGCAAUAGGCUCAAGACGUAUGCCAACUUCCCAGAAGCACCUCAGGAGGAGGCUUCUCUCAGCAAUAGGCUCAAGACGUAUGCCAACUUCCCAGAAGCACCUCAGGAGGAGGCUUCUCUCAGCAAUAGGCUCAAGACGUAUGCCAACUUCCCAGAAGCACCUCAGGAGGAGGCUUCUCUCAGCAAUAGGCCCAAGACGUAUGCCAACUUCCCAGAAGCACCUCAGGAGGAGGCUUCUCUCAGCAAUAGGCUCAAGACGUAUGCCAACUUCCCAGAAGCACCUCAGGAGGAGGCUUCUCUCAGCAAUAGGCUCAAGACGUAUGCCAACUUCCCAGAAGCACCUCAGGAGGAGGCUUCUCUCAGCAAUAGGCUCAAGACGUAUGCCAACUUCCCAGAAGCACCUCAGGAGGAGGCUUCUCUCAGCAAUAGGCUCAAGACGUAUGCCAACUUCCCAGAAGCACCUCAGGAGGAGGCUUCUCUCAGCAAUAGGCUCAAGACGUAUGCCAACUUCCCAGAAGCACCUCAGGAGGAGGCUUCUCUCAGCCAUAGGCUCAAGACGUAUGCCAACUUCCCAGAAGCACCUCAGGAGGAGGCUUCUCUCAGCAAUAGGCUCAAGACGUAUGCCAACUUCCCAGAAGCACCUCAGGAGGAGGCUUCUCUCAGCAAUAGGCUCAAGACGUAUGCCAACUUCCCAGAAGCACCUCAGGAGGAGGCCUCUCUCAGCCAUAGGCUCAAGACGUAUGCCAACUUCCCAGAAGCACCUCAGGAGGAGGCUUCUCUCAGCAAUAGGCUCAAGACGUAUGCCAACUUCCCAGAAGCACCUCAGGAGGAGGCUUCUCUCAGCAAUAGGCUCAAGACGUAUGCCAACUUCCCAGAAGCACCUCAGGAGGAGGCUUCUCUCAGCAAUAGGCUCAAGACGUAUGCCAACUUCCCAGAAGCACCUCAGGAGGAGGCUUCUCUCAGCCAUAGGCUCAAGACGUAUGCCAACUUCCCAGAAGCACCUCAGGAGGAGGCUUCUCUCAGCAAUAGGCUCAAGACGUAUGUCAACUUCCCAGAAGCACCUCAGGAGGAGGCUUCUCUCAGCAAUAGGCUCAAGACGUAUGCCAACUUCCCAGAAGCACCUCAGGAGGAGGCUUCUCUCAGCCAUCGGCUCAAGACGUAUGCCAACUUCCCAGAAGCACCUCAGGAGGAGGCUUCUCUCAGCCAUAGGCUAAAGACGUAUGCCAACUUCCCAGAAGCACCUCAGGAGGAGGCUUCUCUCAGCAAUAGGCUCAAGACGUAUGCCAACUUCCCAGAAGCACCUCAGGAGGAGGCUUCUCUCAGCCAUAGGCUCAAGACGUAUGCCAACUUCCCAGAAGCACCUCAGGAGGAGGCUUCUCUCAGCAAUAGGCUCAAGACGUAUGCCAACUUCCCAGAAGCACCUCAGGAGGAGGCUUCUCUCAGCAAUAGGCUCAAGACGUAUGCCAACUUCCCAGAAGCACCUCAGGAGGAGGCUUCUCUCAGCCAUAGGCUAAAGACGUAUGCCAACUUCCCAGAAGCACCUCAGGAGGAGGCUUCUCUCAGCAAUAGGCUCAAGACGUAUGCCAACUUCCCAGAAGCACCUCAGGAGGAGGCUUCUCUCAGCCAUAGGCUCAAGACGUAUGCCAACUUCCCAGAAGCACCUCAGGAGGAGGCUUCUCUCAGCCAUAGGCUAAAGACGUAUGCCAACUUCCCAGAAGCACCUCAGGAGGAGGCUUCUCUCAGCAAUAGGCUCAAGACGUAUGCCAACUUCCCAGAAGCACCUCAGGAGGAGGCUUCUCUCAGCCAUAGGCUCAAGACGUAUGCCAACUUCCCAGAAGCACCUCAGGAGGAGGCUUCUCUCAGCAAUAGGCUCAAGACGUAUGCCAACUUCCCAGAAGCACCUCAGGAGGAGGCUUCUCUCAGCCAUAGGCUCAAGACGUAUGCCAACUUCCCAGAAGCACCUCAGGAGGAGGCUUCUCUCAGCAAUAGGCUCAAGACGUAUGCCAACUUCCCAGAAGCACCUCAGGAGGAGGCUUCUCUCAGCCAUAGGCUCAAGACGUAUGCCAACUUCCCAGAAGCACCUCAGGAGGAGGCUUCUCUCAGCAAUAGGCUCAAGACGUAUGCCAACUUCCCAGAAGCACCUCAGGAGGAGGCUUCUCUCAGCCAUAGGCUCAAGACGUAUGCCAACUUCCCAGAAGCACCUCAGGAGGAGGCUUCUCUCAGCAAUAGGCUCAAGACGUAUGCCAACUUCCCAGAAGCACCUCAGGAGGAGGCUUCUCUCAGCAAUAGGCUCAAGACGUAUGCCAACUUCCCAGAAGCACCUCAGGAGGAGGCUUCUCUCAGCAAUAGGCUCAAGACGUAUGCCAACUUCCCAGAAGCACCUCAGGAGGAGGCUUCUCUCAGCCAUAGGCUCAAGACGUAUGCCAACUUCCCAGAAGCACCUCAGGAGGAGGCUUCUCUCAGCAAUAGGCUCAAGACGUAUGCCAACUUCCCAGAAGCACCUCAGGAGGAGGCUUCUCUCAGCCAUAGGCUCAAGACGUAUGCCAACUUCCCAGAAGCAUCUCAGGAGGAGGCUUCUCUCAGCAAUAGGCUCAAGACGUAUGCCAACUUCCCAGAAGCACCUCAGGAGGAGGCUUCUCUCAGCAAUAGGCUCAAGACGUAUGCCAACUUCCCAGAAGCACCUCAGGAGGAGGCUUCUCUCAGCAAUAGGCUCAAGACGUAUGCCAACUUCCCAGAAGCACCUCAGGAGGAGGCUUCUCUCAGCAAUAGGCUCAAGACGUAUGCCAACUUCCCAGAAGCACCUCAGGAGGAGGCUUCUCUCAGCAAUAGGCUCAAGACGUAUGCCAACUUCCCAGAAGCACCUCAGGAGGAGGCUUCUCUCAGCCAUAGGCUCAAGACGUAUGCCAACUUCCCAGAAGCACCUCAGGAGGAGGCUUCUCUCAGCAAUAGGCUCAAGACGUAUGCCAACUUCCCAGAAGCACCUCAGGAGGAGGCUUCUCUCAGCAAUAGGCUCAAGACGUAUGCCAACUUCCCAGAAGCACCUCAGGAGGAGGCUUCUCUCAGCAAUAGGCUCAAGACGUAUGCCAACUUCCCAGAAGCACCUCAGGAGGAGGCUUCUCUCAGCCAUAGGCUCAAGACGUAUGCCAACUUCCCAGAAGCACCUCAGGAGGAGGCUUCUCUCAGCCAUAGGCUCAAGACGUAUGCCAACUUCCCAGAAGCACCUCAGGAGGAGGCUUCUCUCAGCCAUAGGCUCAAGACGUAUGCCAACUUCCCAGAAGCACCUCAGGAGGAGGCUUCUCUCAGCAAUAGGCUCAAGACGUAUGCCAACUUCCCAGAAGCACCUCAGGAGGAGGCUUCUCUCAGCCAUAGGCUCAAGACGUAUGCCAACUUCCCAGAAGCACCUCAGGAGGAGGCUUCUCUCAGCAAUAGGCUCAAGACGUAUGCCAACUUCCCAGAAGCACCUCAGGAGGAGGCUUCUCUCAGCCAUAGGCUCAAGACGUAUGCCAACUUCCCAGAAGCACCUCAGGAGGAGGCUUCUCUCAGCAAUAGGCUCAAGACGUAUGCCAACUUCCCAGAAGCACCUCAGGAGGAGGCUUCUCUCAGCCAUAGGCUCAAGACGUAUGCCAACUUCCCAGAAGCACCUCAGGAGGAGGCUUCUCUCAGCAAUAGGCUCAAGACGUAUGUCAACUUCCCAGAAGCACCUCAGGAGGAGGCUUCUCUCAGCAAUAGGCUCAAGACGUAUGCCAACUUCCCAGAAGCACCUCAGGAGGAGGCUUCUCUCAGCCAUCGGCUCAAGACGUAUGCCAACUUCCCAGAAGCACCUCAGGAGGAGGCUUCUCUCAGCCAUCGGCUCAAGACGUAUGCCAACUUCCCAGAAGCACCUCAGGAGGAGGCUUCUCUCAGCAAUAGGCUCAAGACGUAUGCCAACUUCCCAGAAGCACCUCAGGAGGAGGCUUCUCUCAGCCAUAGGCUCAAGACGUAUGCCAACUUCCCAGAAGCACCUCAGGAGGAGGCUUCUCUCAGCCAUAGGCUCAAGACGUAUGCCAACUUCCCAGAAGCACCUCAGGAGGAGGCUUCUCUCAGCCAUAGGCUCAAGACGUAUGCCAACUUCCCAGAAGCACCUCAGGAGGAGGCUUCUCUCAGCCAUAGGCUCAAGACGUAUGCCAACUUCCCAGAAGCACCUCAGGAGGAGGCUUCUCUCAGCCAUAGGCUCAAGACGUAUGCCAACUUCCCAGAAGCACCUCAGGAGGAGGCUUCUCUCAGCCAUAGGCUCAAGACGUAUGCCAACUUCCCAGAAGCACCUCAGGAGGCUUCUCUCAGCAAUAGGCUCAAGACGUAUGCCAACUUCCCAGAAGCACCUCAGGAGGAGGCUUCUCUCAGCAAUAGGCUCAAGACGUAUGCCAACUUCCCAGAAGCACCUCAGGAGGAGGCUUCUCUCAGCAAUAGGCUCAAGACGUAUGCCAACUUCCCAGAAGCACCUCAGGAGGAGGCUUCUCUCAGCCAUAGGCUCAAGACGUAUGCCAACUUCCCAGAAGCACCUCAGGAGGAGGCUUCUCUCAGCAAUAGGCUCAAGACGUAUGCCAACUUCCCAGAAGCACCUCAGGAGGAGGCUUCUCUCAGCAAUAGGCUCAAGACGUAUGCCAACUUCCCAGAAGCACCUCAGGAGGAGGCUUCUCUCAGCCAUAGGCUCAAGACGUAUGCCAACUUACCAGAAGCACCUCAGGAGGAGGCUUCUCUCAGCAAUAGGCUCAAGACGUAUGCCAACUUCCCAGAAGCACCUCAGGAGGAGGCUUCUCUCAGCCAUAGGCUCAAGACGUAUGCCAACUUCCCAGAAGCACCUCAGGAGGAGGCUUCUCUCAGCAAUAGGCUCAAGACGUAUGCCAACUUCCCAGAAGCACCUCAGGAGGAGGCUUCUCUCAGCCAUAGGCUCAAGACGUAUGCCAACUUCCCAGAAGCACCUCAGGAGGAGGCUUCUCUCAGCAAUAGGCUCAAGACGUAUGCCAACUUCCCAGAAGCACCUCAGGAGGAGGCUUCUCUCAGCAAUAGGCUCAAGACGUAUGCCAACUUCCCAGAAGCACCUCAGGAGGAGGCUUCUCUCAGCCAUAGGCUCAAGACGUAUGCCAACUUCCCAGAAGCACCUCAGGAGGAGGCUUCUCUCAGCCAUAGGCUCAAGACGUAUGCCAACUUCCCAGAAGCACCUCAGGAGGAGGCUUCUCUCAGCCAUAGGCUCAAGACGUAUGCCAACUUCCCAGAAGCACCUCAGGAGGAGGCUUCUCUCAGCCAUAGGCUCAAGACGUAUGCCAACUUCCCAGAAGCACCUCAGGAGGAGGCUUCUCUCAGCCAUAGGCUCAAGACGUAUGCCAACUUCCCAGAAGCACCUCAGGAGGAGGCUUCUCUCAGCCAUAGGCUCAAGACGUAUGCCAACUUCCCAGAAGCACCUCAGGAGGAGGCUUCUCUCAGCCAUAGGCUCAAGACGUAUGCCAACUUCCCAGAAGCACCUCAGGAGGAGGCUUCUCUCAGCCAUAGGCUCAAGACGUAUGCCAACUUCCCAGAAGCACCUCAGGAGGAGGCUUCUCUCAGCAAUAGGCUCAAGACGUAUGCCAACUUCCCAGAAGCACCUCAGGAGGAGGCUUCUCUCAGCAAUAGGCUCAAGACGUAUGCCAACUUCCCAGAAGCAUCUCAGGAGGAGGCUUCUCUCAGCAAUAGGCUCAAGACGUAUGCCAACUUCCCAGAAGCACCUCAGGAGGAGGCUUCUCUCAGCCAUAGGCUCAAGACGUAUGCCAACUUCCCAGAAGCACCUCAGGAGGAGGCUUCUCUCAGCAAUAGGCUCAAGACGUAUGCCAACUUCCCAGAAGCACCUCAGGAGGAGGCUUCUCUCAGCAAUAGGCUCAAGACGUAUGCCAACUUCCCAGAAGCACCUCAGGAGGAGGCUUCUCUCAGCAAUACGCUCAAGACGUAUGCCAACUUCCCAGAAGCACCUCAGGAGGAGGCUUCUCUCAGCAAUAGGCUCAAGACGUAUGCCAACUUCCCAGAAGCACCUCAGGAGGAGGCUUCUCUCAGCAAUAGGCUCAAGACGUAUGCCAACUUCCCAGAAGCACCUCAGGAGGAGGCUUCUCUCAGCAAUAGGCUCAAGACGUAUGCCAACUUCCCAGAAGCACCUCAGGAGGAGGCUUCUCUCAGCAAUAGGCUCAAGACGUAUGCCAACUUCCCAGAAGCACCUCAGGAGGAGGCUUCUCUCAGCAAUAGGCUCAAGACGUAUGCCAACUUCCCAGAAGCACCUCAGGAGGAGGCUUCUCUCAGCAAUAGGCUCAAGACGUAUGCCAACUUCCCAGAAGCACCUCAGGAGGAGGCUUCUCUCAGCAAUAGGCUCAAGACGUAUGCCAACUUCCCAGAAGCACCUCAGGAGGAGGCUUCUCUCAGCAAUAGGCUCAAGACGUAUGCCAACUUCCCAGAAGCACCUCAGGAGGAGGCUUCUCUCAGCAAUAGGCUCAAGACGUAUGCCAACUUCCCAGAAGCACCUCAGGAGGAGGCUUCUCUCAGCAAUAGGCUCAAGACGUAUGCCAACUUCCCAGAAGCACCUCAGGAGGAGGCUUCUCUCAGCCAUAGGCUCAAGACGUAUGCCAACUUCCCAGAAGCACCUCAGGAGGAGGCUUCUCUCAGCAAUAGGCUCAAGACGUAUGCCAACUUCCCAGAAGCACCUCAGGAGGAGGCUUCUCUCAGCAAUAGGCUCAAGACGUAUGCCAACUUCCCAGAAGCAACUCAGGAGGAGGCUUCUCUCAGCCAUAGGCUCAAGACGUAUGCCAACUUCCCAGAAGCACCUCAGGAGGAGGCUUCUCUCAGCAAUAGGCUCAAGACGUAUGCCAACUUCCCAGAAGCACCUCAGGAGGAGGCUUCUCUCAGCAAUAGGCUCAAGACGUAUGCCAACUUCCCAGAAGCAUCUCAGGAGGAGGCUUCUCUCAGCAAUAGGCUCAAGACGUAUGCCAACUUCCCAGAAGCACCUCAGGAGGAGGCUUCUCUCAGCAAUAGGCUCAAGACGUAUGCCAACUUCCCAGAAGCACCUCAGGAGGAGGCUUCUCUCAGCAAUAGGCUCAAGACGUAUGCCAACUUCCCAGAAGCACCUCAGGAGGAGGCUUCUCUCAGCAAUAGGCUCAAGACGUAUGCCAACUUCCCAGAAGCACCUCAGGAGGAGGCUUCUCUCAGCAAUAGGCUCAAGACGUAUGCCAACUUCCCAGAAGCACCUCAGGAGGAGGCUUCUCUCAGCAAUAGGCUCAAGACGUAUGCCAACUUCCCAGAAGCACCUCAGGAGGAGGCUUCUCUCAGCAAUAGGCUCAAGACGUAUGCCAACUUCCCAGAAGCACCUCAGGAGGAGGCUUCUCUCAGCAAUAGGCUCAAGACGUAUGCCAACUUCCCAGAAGCAUCUCAGGAGGAGGCUUCUCUCAGCAAUAGGCUCAAGACGUAUGCCAACUUCCCAGAAGCACCUCAGGAGGAGGCUUCUCUCAGCAAUAGGCUCAAGACGUAUGCCAACUUCCCAGAAGCACCUCAGGAGGAGGCUUCUCUCAGCAAUAGGCUCAAGACGUAUGCCAACUUCCCAGAAGCACCUCAGGAGGAGGCUUCUCUCAGCAAUAGGCUCAAGACGUAUGCCAACUUCCCAGAAGCACCUCAGGAGGAGGCUUCUCUCAGCAAUAGGCUCAAGACGUAUGCCAACUUCCCAGAAGCACCUCAGGAGGAGGCUUCUCUCAGCAAUAGGCUCAAGACGUAUGCCAACUUCCCAGAAGCACCUCAGGAGGAGGCUUCUCUCAGCAAUAGGCUCAAGACGUAUGCCAACUUCCCAGAAGCACCUCAGGAGGAGGCUUCUCUCAGCAAUAGGCUCAAGACGUAUGCCAACUUCCCAGAAGCACCUCAGGAGGAGGCUUCUCUCAGCAAUAGGCUCAAGACGUAUGCCAACUUCCCAGAAGCACCUCAGGAGGAGGCUUCUCUCAGCAAUAGGCUCAAGACGUAUGCCAACUUCCCAGAAGCACCUCAGGAGGAGGCUUCUCUCAGCAAUAGGCUCAAGACGUAUGCCAACUUCCCAGAAGCACCUCAGGAGGAGGCUUCUCUCAGCAAUAGGCUCAAGACGUAUGCCAACUUCCCAGAAGCACCUCAGGAGGAGGCUUCUCUCAGCAAUAGGCUCAAGACGUAUGCCAGCUUCCCAGAAGCACCUCAGGAGGAGGCUUCUCUCAGCAAUAGGCUCAAGACGUAUGCCAACUUCCCAGAAGCACCUCAGGAGGAGGCUUCUCUCAGCAAUAGGCUCAAGACGUAUGCCAACUUCCCAGAAGCACCUCAGGAGGAGGCUUCUCUCAGCAAUAGGCUCAAGACGUAUGCCAACUUCCCAGAAGCACCUCAGGAGGAGGCUUCUCUCAGCAAUAGGCUCAAGACGUAUGCCAACUUCCCAGAAGCACCUCAGGAGGAGGCUUCUCUCAGCAAUAGGCUCAAGACGUAUGCCAACUUCCCAGAAGCACCUCAGGAGGAGGCUUCUCUCAGCAAUAGGCUCAAGACGUAUGCCAACUUCCCAGAAGCACCUCAGGAGGAGGCUUCUCUCAGCAAUAGGCUCAAGACGUAUGCCAACUUCCCAGAAGCACCUCAGGAGGAGGCUUCUCUCAGCAAUAGGCUCAAGACGUAUGCCAACUUCCCAGAAGCACCUCAGGAGGAGGCUUCCCUUAGCAAUAGGCUCAAGAUGUAUGCCAACUUCCCAGAAGCACCUCAGGAGGAGGCUUCUCUCAGCAAUAGGCUCAAGACGUAUGCCAACUUCCCAGAAGCACCUCAGGAGGAGGCUUCUCUCAGCAAUAGGCUCAAGACGUAUGCCAACUUCCCAGAAGCACCUCAGGAGGAGGCUUCUCUCAGCAAUAGGCUCAAGACGUAUGCCAACUUCCCAGAAGCACCUCAGGAGGAGGCUUCUCUCAGCAAUAGGCUCAAGACGUAUGCCAACUUCCCAGAAGCACCUCAGGAGGAGGCUUCUCUCAGCAAUAGGCUCAAGACGUAUGCCAACUUCCCAGAAGCACCUCAGGAGGAGGCUUCUCUCAGCAAUAGGCUCAAGACUUAUGCCAACUUCCCAGAAGCACCUCAGGAGGAGGCUUCUCUCAGCAAUAGGCUCAAGACGUAUGCCAACUUCCCAGAAGCACCUCAGGAGGAGGCUUCUCUCAGCAAUAGGCUCAAGACGUAUGCCAACUUCCCAGAAGCACCUCAGGAGGAGGCUUCUCUCAGCAAUAGGCUCAAGACGUAUGCCAACUUCCCAGAAGCACCUCAGGAGGAGGCUUCUCUCAGCAAUAGGCUCAAGACGUAUGCCAACUUCCCAGAAGCACCUCAGGAGAAGGCUUCUCUCAGCAAUAGGCUCAAGACGUAUGCCAACUUCCCAGAAGCACCUCCGGAGGAGGCUUCUCUCAGCAAUAGGCUCAAGACGUAUGCCAACUUCCCAGAAGCACCUCCGGAGGAGGCUUCGCUCAGCAAUAGGCUCAAGACGUAUGCCAAGUUCCCAGAAGCACCUCAGGAGGAGGCUUCUCUCAGCAAUAGGCUCAAGACGUAUGCCAACUUCCCAGAAGCACCUCAGGAGGAGGCUUCUCUCAGCAAUAGGCUCAAGACGUAUGCCAACUUCCCAGAAGCACCUCAGGAAGAGGCUUCUCUCAGCAAUAGGCUCAAGACGUAUGCCAACUUCCCAGAAGCACCUCAGGAGAAGGCUUCUCUCAGCAAUAGGCUCAAGACGUAUGCCAACUUCCCAGAAGCACCUCCGGAGGAGGCUUCUCUCAGCAAUAGGCUCAAGACGUAUGCCAACUUCCCAGAAGCACCUCCGGAGGAGGCUUCGCUCAGCAAUAGGCUCAAGACGUAUGCCAACUUCCCAGAAGCACCUCAGGAGGAGGCUUCUCUCAGCAAUAGGCUCAAGACGUAUGCCAACUUCCCAGAAGCACCUCAGGAAGAGGCUUCUCUCAGCAAUAGGCUCAAGACGUAUGCCAACUUCCCAGAAGCACCUCCGGAGGAGGCUUCUCUCAGCAAUAGGCUCAAGACGUAUGCCAACUUCCCAGAAGCACCUCAGGAGGAGGCUUCUCUCAGCAAUAGGCUCAAGACGUAUGCCAACUUCCCAGAAGCACCUCAGGAGGAGGCUUCUCUCAGCAAUAGGCUCAAGACGUAUGCCAACUUCCCAGAAGCACCUCAGGAGGAGGCUUCUCUCAGCAAUAGGCUCAAGACGUAUGCCAACUUCCCAGAAGCACCUCAGGAGGAGGCUUCUCUCAGCAAUAGGCUCAAGACGUAUGCCAACUUCCCAGAAGCACCUCAGGAGGAGGCUUCUCUCAGCAAUAGGCUCAAGACGUAUGCCAACUUCCCAGAAGCACCUCAGGAGGAGGCUUCUCUCAGCAAUAGGCUCAAGACGUAUGCCAACUUCCCAGAAGCACCUCAGGAGGAGGCUUCUCUCAGCAAUAGGCUCAAGACGUAUGCCAACUUCCCAGAAGCACCUCAGGAGGAGGCUUCGCUCAGCAAUAGGCACGCGGAGUUCACUGCUUCAAAAGGUGACGAUGCCUGA